AUGGAAGAGGAUGGAGAGGAAGUGGUGGUCGUGGGCGGUGACACAACAGAAACGAAUGUUGAUGACACACCAGGAGGGGAUGGUAUUCAGAAUGGGAAUGACAUGCAAGGAGGGAAUGAUGCUUUACUAGUGGAAGGCAGACGGAGAAGGCUCAGAAGAAGGGUAGUUAGAGGGAGGAUGGCAGCAGAAGUAGGAGCAGACAGAACAGCAGAAGCAGCAGCAGCAGCAGCAGCAGCAGCAGCAGCAGCAGCAGCAGCAGCAGCAGCAGCAGCAGCAGCAGCAGCAGCAGCAGCAGCAGCAGCAGCAGCAGCAGCAGCAGAAGGAAUAGCGGGAGAAGCAGCAGCAGACAGUUGGGAGAGUGGAGGAGGAGAUUUCGGGGAAGAGCCUAGAGGUCAGGAAGAAGGUUUAAAAGGUCUAGGAGAAGAAGCUGGAGAGUGUGGGGAGGAGAAGAGAGGGAAAGAAGGCGGGUUCAGGAAGAGAAAGCAGAGGGCAGUUGUGACCUCGGAUGACGAGGAGGAGGAGGAGGGUGAGAGGAGAGACAGAGGCAGAGGCGCAGAGGGAGGCACAGUGGGACCAUUUGAGAGGCACAGAGGGGUGGUUUUGACCUCGGAUGAUGAGGAGGAGCGGGAGGAGGAGCGGGAGGAGGAGGGGGAGAGGGAGAGAGACAGAGGCACAGAGGGAGGCACAGUGGGACCAUUUGAGAGGCACAGGGGGGCGGCUGUCUGCCCUCCUCUUGGUCGCCUGUCACAAAGCUCAGAUGACGAGGAGGAGGGGGAGAAGCAUUGUCAGGGUACGAGUGACGAUGCAAGGAAGGGGAGGGGUCAGAAGCAAGAGGAGGUUGGGGGAUGCAGGCAGGAGCAUAUGGAGACAGGAGGAAUAGGUACGGGGACGAGCAGUGGGGAAGUGGACCGCAGGAGGGUGGCAGAGGAGGCUGCAGCAGAGGAGGCUGUAGCAGAGGAGGCUGUAGCAGAGGAGGCUGUAGCAGAGGAGGCUGUAGCAGAGGAGGCUGUAGCAGACAUGGAGAGGGAAGGACGUGGGGAGGCACAGGGUGGUUGUGAGAGGGAGCAAGAGGAGGGUGAGAUAGGCAGAGAGGAGGUUACGACGGGGAGUGAGGAGGAAAGGGAAAAGGAGAAGCAGGAGUGCGAUGAGAGGAAGGAGGGAGCCGAGAAUGGUCUGGAGGAAUGUGGUGAAGUGGAAGGUCAGGUGGAUGACGUGGAAGUGGAGAUGGAUGAGGUGGCAGUGGAAGCAGAUGAGGUGGCAGUGGAAGCUGAUGAGGUGGAAUUACUACCUGAUGACAUGGAGGAUGAUGAAGAUGCAUUGCUGGAGGAGCUGUUGCCAGGUGGCAACACGCGAUUGGAGGAGGUCUGCUCCGCCAGCGCAGCAGACACCUGGAAGCAGCUCAAGCGCCAGGUGUCGCUUUCGGAUGGGCCAGCAGCACACAGGUCCGGUUCCGAGGCUACGGCCCAGGCUCGGCAGGAGCUGGCUCUGUUGACUCGGUUGACCGAGCUGACUGCCAGGCUCGCAGAUGCUGACGUCAUCGCUGGGGUUUUGACUUGCCGCAGGGUUCCCCUUGGGCUGGAGACUGAGGGUGACUUUGACCGGGGCAAGGAGAAGACUGGCGUUGACUUUCUUGACUGGCGGGAUCCAGUCCCUUACCAUGCGAUCCUAUCCCCGUCAGCAGCCGGACACUCAUCUCCUCAAGGGAUGGAGGGUGGACGAGGGAUGCUGCUGUUCGAAUAUGGUUGUCACUGGAUAGAAUGUUGGCGGUGCAUGGUGAUGGUGAUGCCAUAG